GAACGAACAACGUGGUCCACGUCGUCUACGUGGACCGGGGUUAUGUAGCUUUCUGUUUUCCAAAUAAUUUAUCCGUCAUCAGUUGACAGAAAUCUUUACUCCCGGCAGAAAGCUAGCAAAGUUGUUAGCAUUUUUUAUUUUAUUAACAAAUUAACAUUAGUGACUUAAAAGUUUAAUUAUUAUUAGUCAUGAAGUCAUUUUUAGUUCUGUUUUUCACUCUUUACACUGUUUCAGUAGUAUUUGCUGAAACUUGUCAAAAACCAGAGGUUGUUGCCUCAGCUUAUGUUACAGAAGAUGCUACAGUUUUGACUAAAGUCGCAUUUACGACACAAUUCACAUUAAAAUGCAGUAAUGGAGUUAAAGGAAUUUCCCUUUACGCCGAAGUUAAUGGCAAGGCAUUGCCAGCUGUAAAAUUGAGUGCAGAUAAUAAAUAUCAGGUAUCCUGGACGGAAGACAUUAAGAAAGUUCACUCAGGAGAUUACGAUGUCAAAUUGUACGACGAGGAAGGCUACUCGGCUAUUCGUAAAGCUUACAGAAAUGCAGAAGAUCCAAGCAGUGUAAAACCAUUGGCAGUAGUUGUUGUCAACAAUCCAGGAGUUUACCAAGGACCCUGGAUAAAUUCCGAAUUACUUGCUGUCAUUUUAGCAGCUCUCGUUUCGUACGCAGCAUUUUCCGCAAAAUCUAAACUUCUAGCGUAAAAAUUAUUUUUUGUUUAAGUAAUUUAUAAAAACUGUAAUAUAAGUUUCUUUUUUAAAAAUAAAUUUACGUCUUUUUGUGAAAAAAAAA